ACUUACUUGCACUUGAUAACGGUACUCGGUGGAAAUUUUGUUUUUACUUAGCUUAACAUAGCUUGACAAAAUAACAAAACGCUGUUAGCACGAGCAUGUUAGCAUGUUAGCAAAGCUAGCAAGAUUCAUCCGUUAGCACUCUCACAAAAUAGCACAAAAGGCAGCUAAUGUCAGUUGUUUGCCUGUUUGUUGCAAGUGAGUGUCAUUUUCUUAUUGCUAAUUUCACUGACUAGAAAGUGUGUUGCGCGGCUGUUUGUCAGUAACGUUAACGUUUUUACUUUUAAUGAUUUUAACGGAAGUCCAACUGGCGUUAGCUAGCUUGACGCUGGUCCGCUAACUUCUGUGUGGUCAGCCAACCGAAGCAUGGGGUCCUUUGACUCAACGUUUUUUGCUCGCUAGCGUUAUAUGAUAAAAAUACCGUACCGAUGGUGUUGAUACAAGCGAUAUCUGCGGUUUCAUUUAAUUUAAUUGUUUUUCAAAACGGAAAUACUAGCCUGUGCGUAACAGCGAACUCUUCUUCUCUGUAUCCCUCAUCUCCUCGGCCAGCCAGCGUCCUGUGAACACCGCUAGCUAUGAUGUGAUUAUGAAUAACAGCCGUCGAGGGAAGUUAUAAUUGGCAUUAUCAUAGCUGAAUGGCUACAAUAGCAGCUUGUCUGCCUUCGUUUGACGCCUGCAUGCUGUUAUUUCGAUAGCCAUUUGAGCUCCGCGUCGUCGGGAGGAACCGUUCUUGGCGGAAAUAACCGAAGAGACCGCAUCCACAGCACUGUAGUUCACGUCCUGAAAGAUGUCUUUCUUCAAUUUUCGGAAGAUAUUCAAGUUGGGGCCUGACAAGAAGAAGAAGCAGUAUGAACAUGUACACAGAGACGUCAACCCAGAGGAAAUAUGGGACAUCAUUGGAGAGCUGGGAGAUGGAGCGUUUGGAAAAGUGUACAAGGCUCAGAACAAGCAGAAUGGGACCCUCGCUGCUGCCAAGGUUAUUGACACAAAGACAGAGGAUGAAUUGGAGGAUUACAUGGUAGAGAUUGACAUCCUGGCCUCCUGCAACCACCAUCACAUCGUCAAACUGCUGGAUGCCUUCUAUUUUGAAGGCAAACUUUGGAUUCUGAUUGAGUUCUGUGCGGGUGGUGCAGUGGAUGCCAUCAUGCUGGAGCUGGAGAGGCCCCUGACAGAGCCCCAGAUCCGUGUGGUGUGUAGGCAGACCUUGGAGGCCUUGUCUUACCUCCAUGAGAGCAAAAUCAUCCACAGAGACUUGAAAGCCGGGAACAUUCUCCUCUCCUUGGAUGGAGAAGUGAAGCUGGCUGACUUUGGGGUGUCUGCUAAAAAUACCAAGACGUUACAAAGAAGAGAUUCUUUCAUCGGCACUCCGUAUUGGAUGGCCCCAGAGGUGGUAAUGUGUGAAACUUCUAAGGACCGUCCAUACGACUACAAGGCCGACAUCUGGUCCCUCGGGGUUACCCUGAUAGAGCUGGCGCAGAUUGAGCCACCCAACCACGAGAUGAAUCCCAUGAGAGUGCUGCUGAAAAUAGCCAAGUCCGAGCCGCCCACACUUAUGCAUCCCUCUCGCUGGUCACCAGAAUUUAACGACUUCCUGCGGAAAGCACUUGAUAAGAAUGUAGACAAUAGGUGGGGCACACUGCAGCUCCUACAGCAUCCGUUUGUCACCAGUGUAACUGAUAGCAGACCUCUCAGAGAGCUUAUAGCCGAGGCCAAAGCUGAAGUCACUGAGGAGAUCGAGGACAGCAAAGAGGAGGAUGAGGAGGAGGAGCCUGACACACCUCUGGCGGCUCCUGGGCACAAGCGAGCACCAUCAGAUGCCAGUGUUGCCAGCUCAGAGGACGACAAAGUCCCACCAACUCCGUCCACGCUGGAAUCUGUCACAGAGAAGACGGAGGCUGAGCCUGCUGAGGACCGGACCAGUGACAAGCUCUCUGACGAAGGACUUGGAACAAGUGAGGUCGACAAGACUGAGGAGGAGAAACUCAAUGAGGUGUCUGAUGCCAGUAAUGAAGACCUGGCUUCUGGGCUCUUGGAGCCCACCAAGGACUUAAACUCACAAGAACCUACAGAGCCUACUAAACCAGAAGAUGGUCCAGCUGAAGAGAUUCCUGCUGAGCCCGUAGUAUCACAACCAGAAGAGCCAGUAGAAGCAGCGGAUAUACCAGAAGUUGAAACAGAUGGUCAAGAAGCAGAGGAGGAACAAAAGGAGCCACAAGAAGAGAAAACAGAGAAUGAACCUGCCCGGGUAAUAGAAGAAGAACAAGAGCCUGAGAAGGUGAAAGAUGAAGAAGAAAAAGAAGCUGAUACAGAAUCUAGAGAAUCACAAGAGCAACCUGAAGAUACACCAGAAGAACCAGAAUCUGUAUCAGAAGAAGCGACACAGACAGAAGAAGAAAGCAAAGAGCCAGAUGAAGAGACACCUCAACAUAAAUUGACAGAGGACAUAGUAGAAGACACAGCUAAUGGCACAGACGUUAUUAUAAACACAGAGAAUAUAGGAUCAAAUGUAGUGGACACAAGCAUAAAUGGAGAAACAGAUACAAAGUCGAGUGUGGACGAGACGUCCACUGAGGUUGAGAAGGAGGCCGUAGAGAGUCAGCCGGAGGAAAAGCCUAAGGAUGAGGCCCCAGAGGAGGCAAAGCAGCCUGAACAAAAGAAUGAGACCAGAGAGGAGGUUGAUCUGGAGGAACAGGCCCCAACUGAAUCCACAAAUGGAGUUAGUGAUGAAGCCAAAGAGACCACUGACGAUUCAGAACAAGUGGUCGUAUGUGAAGAUGUCCCUGUGAAGGAAGAUGAGGAGAAAGCCACCCGUGCAGAUGAAAGCACGUCCCAAGAUACUGUGUCGGUCCUGGAGAGUGAAACAGACUCAGAGAGCAAGAUCGAGCAUGGAAGCCCUGCUGUGAUCAAGCCGGAUCUGGAGAAGGACUCUGACUCUGGAAGCAGCUCGGCUGCUGAUAGCAACAGCCUUGACCUCAAUCUGUCCAUAUCCAGCUUCCUGUCCAAGAGUAAAGAAGGGGGCUCUGUGUCUAUGCAGGAGUCAAAACGUCAGAAGAAGACUCUGAAGAAAACACGGAAGUUCAUGGUGGAUGGUGUGGAAGUAAGCGUGACGACAUCAAAGAUCGUGACAGAUAACGACACCAAGAGCGAAGAGAUGAGAUUCCUGAGGCGGCAGGAGUUGAGAGAGCUGCGCCUCCUGCAGAAAGAGGAGCAGAGGGCCCAGCAGCAGCUGAGCAACAAGCUGCAGCAGCAGAGAGAGCAGAUCUACCGGCGCUUUGAACAGGAAACUACUGCUAAAAAGCGUCAGUAUGACCAAGAAGUGGAGAACCUUGAGAAGAAGCAGAAGCAGACCAUUGAGCGACUGGAACAGGAUCACACCAGCCGGCUCCGAGACGAAGCCAAACGCAUCAAAGCGGAUCAAGACAAGGAGCUCUCCAAGUUCCAAAACAUGCUGAAGAACCGAAAGAAAGAGGCCAAACAGGAAGUUGGACAGUCACCCAAACAUAUGAGAAAAGAGCUCAUGAAACGCAUAAAGGAGGACCUAUCGCUCCUUAAGACCGCAGAGGACGAGUGCGCUGUGUGCUCUCCUCCGCAGGCAGUGGCCCAGGUUAUGAUACAGUCUUUUCAGUUGUCCUCAUGCGCACUCUUCAACGCUCAGAUGCAGGAUGAGCAGGAGUUCCUACAGAAGCAGCAGCAAGAGCUGGACGGAGCUCUGAAGAAAAUCAUCCAGCAGCAUAAAGUGGAGAUUGCCACUAUUGAGAGAGACUGCCUGAACCACAAGCAGCAGCUGAUGAGAGCCCGAGAGGCAGCCAUGUGGGAGCUGGAGGAGCGCCACCUGCAGGAGAAGCACCAGCAGCUGAAGCAGCAGCUAAAGGACCAGUACUUCCUGCAGAGACACCAGCUACUGAAGAGGCACGAGAAAGAAAUGGAGCAGAUGCAGCGCUACAACCAGCGGCUGAUAGAGGAGAUGAAGAACAAACAGACUCAAGAGAGGGUUCGUCUGCCUAAGAUUCAGCGCAGCGAGGCCAAAACACGCAUGGCCAUGUACAAGAAGAGCCUCCGCAUCACCGCCACCGCAGCCGUCACACCUGAGCAGGAGAGGGAGCGGAUAAAACAGUUUGCUGUACAGGAAGACAAGAGGCAGAAGAACGAGAGGCUCCAUCAACACCAGAAACACGAGAACCAGAUGAGAGAUCUGCAGCUGCAGUGUGACUCAAACAUCAGGGAGCUGCAGCAGCUACAGAAUGAGAAAUGCCACCUUCUGAUUGAACAUGAGACCCAAAAGCUGAAGGAGCUGGACGAAGAGCACAGCCAGGAGAUAAAGGAGUGGAGAGAGAAGCUGAGACCCAGGAAGAAGGCGCUAGAGGAGGAGUUCACACGGAAGCUGCAGGAGCAGGAGGUCUUCUUCAAGAUGAGCGGCGAAUCUGAAUGCCUUAACCCCACCACCCAGAGUCGAGUAUCCAAAUUCUACCCCAUCCCAAACCUGCACAACUCUGGUUUAUAGCCUCGUGUCUGUCCGUGCUACAAAACAGACUCAAACUCGGCUGCGCUCACAGACUCUUCUUGGUGGAGCGACAUCAUUUCUCCAACCGCUACUGAUAAAAAUAUUAAAAAAUCACCGCUUUGAUUCCACCUAUAGUGAGCAUGACGUGCCUACACACCGCUCCCUCACUUGAUCAAAUUUUUUGUCAGCUUGUUGGGUAAUCCAACAAUAAUAAAUAUGCACUUUUUUGAGCAUGUUCAAAUUUUAAAAGCCUGCAGUCGGUAGCGAAGGCCAAUCAUGCUUAUCAGAUUAGUGUAAGCACAGCCUGCUACAGUACGAAUGAUCUCCAGUGCCUCAUUUUCUUUCUGCAUUUAGGCCCCUACCCUGUGUUUUACAGUAAAUACAGCGAAUGUCUUGCACUUAAGUACCUGGUUAUCAUUUCCACCUGCAAUCACAAGAUGUUGGGAGAUUAUUUUAAAUCAUUUCACAUAAACUGGCGACUAAGACGACUCUGAGAUUUCGAGUUGCUGCAUGGACGGUAGAGCUGGGUCAAGGGAGAUACGUGCUGAUGUAGUUGUAAGACUUUGUCUCGGCUGUGUGGUCUAACGUCAGCCGUGUUGGGAUCAUAAAAUUAAACGGAAUGUACUGUGUUGUAAAUGAUGCGCUGAGUGAAAUGUUACAUGUGUGUACCUACGUAUGAAGUUUAAUCAGAUACUGUCUGUGCUUGCCAUGAGGAUUUUAAAACCUUGGGAACAAGAAUAUAUCUUACUGCUUUGGCACAUAAUUUCAUUUCAGUGCUUUACUCCCGCUUAGUUAAACACAGAGGUGACCUGUUGCUUCCCGGAGAAUGGUUAAAUAUGUUCUUUUUUAAUAUAUAUAGACAUAUAUAUAGAAAUAAAUCACCUUGAAAUGAAAACUAAAGGAAUGUAAAGCUGUUGAUUUGCACUGUUUUGCCACAUGAGCUAAAGAAAAAAAUAUGCAGUAGUCUUUUUUGACAGCGAGUCACCUUCGUCUCACCCAAGCCUAUUCAAACUCCAAACUGACUGAAUUGAACUUUUAUUUUUACUUAUAAUUUUACUUUUUUUCAAAUAUGCCCUUUAGUAUUUUAAGACCACAUCUAGUUUUCUAAACAUGUAUUCCUGAUAUAUCGAUGCUGUAAUCGCUCUUUUCUGUGAGCUGUCGGCUCUUGUUGAAACCAGUGUUGUGUGAAAGGUGGAAGUAUCUGUCUGAGGAGACGUCCUUCGCUGUAUUUUAGGAACAAAAGUAUUGAGAGAUUUCCUGGUUAGUUUAUUUUGCAUAUCAUCGGUGCAUGUUUUAAUUUCCGUAUGCUGACAUUAACAUCGACUCCUGUUCUGUCAUGAAUGCUGGGUUUUUAUCGGGGUCAUUGGAGACUGCGUCCUGUGCGCACACGCCCCAUAGAUUUCAAAUAUUUUUUUUAUUUUGUUAAGUUACAGCAUUUCGAUAAGUUGUACCACGAUGAAUAUUAUUUUGAUGUCAGAUCAAAUGUAUUUAAAGUGUCUUUAUAAAUUGACCUUUUUUGUUGUUGUAAAUAAAAUAUUGACUGUUAA